AUGGAGGGGACCGAGGAGGUUUCAUCUAAUUUUCAGGAGAAUGUCACUCCAAGGGUGGAAGAGGACCCGAUAGAAAAUGAGACCUUUGUUGCAGAAACAGAAUCCGUUCCGAUUGGUGCUAGUCAGUCAGAUGAUCAAAGAGAUGUCAUUUUUCUCGACGGAAUAGGUUCGUUUGGUGCAAUUGAUUUUGAUGCGUUGCGAGCUGAGGAGAUUAUGAUGAUAGAGUUUGUCAAUUUGAAAACUGCUUACGACUUCUAUAACGAGUACGGUCGAAUUAAGGGAUUUUCCAUACGCCGGUCGAAGGUAGGGCGCUGCAAGAAGGCAGGAUAUGAGGGCAACAUUAUAUGGCAAAUUUUUGUAUGCUCGUAA